CAUGACUCUAAUCAGUGCAGUUGUUAUUUGCUUCGUAUCAAUUCUGACCCUUGUGUACGCAUAUUUCAAGCAUGCAUUCGGAUAUUGGCGAUCGUGAGGAAUUCCACACGAUGAGCCUGAAUUUCCAGUCGGAAAUAUAAAAGGUCUUGCCAAAACGUGUCAUCAAUCGCAAUUUUUUAAAGAUAUUUAUGAUAGGCAUAAAUCGAGUGGUGCAAAAUUCUGUGGCUUUUAUUUUUUCGCCGGCCCCGGUGUCGUCCUAAUGGAUCUCGAUUUGAUAAAAAGCGUUUUAGUGAAAGAUUUUGCUAAUUUUGUCGACAGAGGCAUCUUCUACUACAACGAAGAAGAUGAUCCAAUAAGUGCGCAUCUGAUCGCACUGGAUGGAGAAAAGUGGAAGAAAUUGCGUGCCAAUUUGACACCGACAUUUUCUUCGAGCAAAAUGAAAUUUAUGUUUCCGACGAUGGUCGAAGUUGGUGAACGGCUCAAAGACUACUUAAUCGAUGUUGUUAAGAAGAAUGACGAACUGGAAAUCAAAGACUUGAUGGCGCGACUUACCAUCGACGUCAUUGGUACAUGUUUAUUUGGCAUCGAAUGCAACAGUUUGAGCGAUCCAAAUGCCGAAUUCAGGAAAUAUGGGAAAGCAGUAUUUGAAAAACCCAGACAUCAUCCGUUGAUUGCCGUCUUUUUGGCUGGUUACAGAAAUAUCGCCAGAAAAUUACAUAUCAAAAAUUUGCGAGAUGAUGUGUCAGAAUUUUUCAUGGAAGUGGUUCGUGACACAGUCGAAUAUCGAGAGGAAAACAAUGUGAAUCGAAAUGAUUUUAUGGACAUUCUGAUCAAACUGAAGAACGAAGAGACAAACGACAAAGAUAAGAUACUAACACUGAAUGUGAUUGCUGCUCAAGUCUUUGGUUUCUUCGUUGCUGGAUUCGAUACGUCGUCGACCACUUUAUCAUAUUGUUUGUACGAGCUGGCACUGAACCCGGAAAUACAGGCAAAAGCCAGGCGAGUGAUUCAAGAGGCAUUUGAGAAACAUGGAACAUUUACAUACGAAAUGAUGUUGGACAUGCCGUACAUCGAACACGUACUUCAGGAAACACUCCGUAAAUACCCGACGGCAUCGAACUUGAUUCGAAAAACGAUGAAUGAUUAUCAAGUGCCUGGAACAAAUGAUGUGAUCCAAAAGGGACUAUCGGUGAUCAUUCCAGUUUUUGCUAUUCAUCGUGAUUCUCAAUACUAUCCAGACCCAGAACAGUUCAACCCCGAUCGUUUCGAUGGGGAAGAGGCAAAGCAACGAAAUUCUUUGUUGUGGCUACCAUUUGGUGAGGGUCCUAGGAGCUGCAUCGCUGCACGUUUCGGUAUGAUGCAAGCACGCAUUGGACUUGUGACCAUCCUGAACAGUUUUGAAGUUUCACUUUGCUCAAAGACAGUACUCACUUAUGAACCAAAAACGUUAUUUUUAACUCCCAAAGGUGGCUUAUACUUAAAAUUCAAAGCAAUAAAGUAAUAAUCGUUUGCAAUAAAUCAGAUUUGUACAUGGGCCAAUCCCGACAACACAGCAAUGUUGUUGAAAUCGAAUGCCCUUCUUGAAAACGCAGGAAAUAAAAUUUAAUAACAAAUACUAUUUGUAUCUACCAAUUUUCACACAUAUUUCAAUAAAGCACAACAAUUGAGAGAAUAUCGAUUUAGUUGUU